GUGACGUCACAAAGAUGACAUGAAAUUACGGAAAUCAGAAAUGGCUGCGAUAGGUAGUGGACGGGGAACUAUGGAUUCCCAAAAUCAAGUGCAAAGUGAUACUGUAGAUCGAUUAAAAUUGCUUUAUCCUAAUGUGAAUGAAGAAGAGACUCCUUUACCCCGUGCGUGGAGCACUAAAGAUAAGUUCAGCUACAUCGGACUGUCGCAAAAUAAUCUACGAGUGCAUUAUAAAGGUGGCACGCAGGGCCCGGGACGGAGACCCCACCUGCCAUACCUCCACUUACGCCUUUGGAUGUAUCGUCAUGGUAAGACUCACAGAGACGCGGCCAGCGUCAGGGCAACACAUCCGAUACCCGCCGCGUGUGGGCUCUACUACUUCGAGGUUAGAAUCGUAUCUAAAGGACGGGACGGGUACAUGGGGAUCGGACUGUCCGCACAUGGAGUCAACAUGAACAGAUUGCCCGGAGUUGGCCGCUUUCCUCCAGGGUGGGACAAGCAUUCCUACGGCUACCACGGAGACGACGGCCAUUCGUUUUGUUCUUCCGGUACCGGGCAGCCCUACGGACCCACGUUCACGACCGGAGACGUCAUCGGAUGUGGAGUUAACUUGGUCGACAACACGUGCUUCUACACCAAGAAUGGACAUCAUUUAGGAAUUGCUUUCAGAGGACUACCGCCAAAUUUAUAUCCGACAGUCGGCCUUCAGACGCCCGGCGAGGUGGUGGACACGAACUUCGGUCAGCAGCCGUUCGUUUUCGACAUCGAGGACAUGCUGAAGGAACUGCGCGCCCGGACCAGGGUCGCCAUCGACGAGUUCCCGCUGCCCGACGAGCAGGGACAGUGGCAGCAGGUGUUGCACAGGAUGGUGUCGACGUACCUGGUGCACCACGGGUACUGCAGCACGGCGCAGGCCUUCUCCCGCGCCACCGGACAGCCCAUAGACGAGGAUAUAGCGUCUAUUAAAAACAGACAGAGGGUGUCGAAGCUGGUGCUGGCGGGGCGCGUGGGCGAGGCCGUGGAGACCACGCGGCGCCUGUGGCCCGGCCUGCUGGAGCGCGACCCCGAUCUGCUGUUCCUGCUCAAGUGCAGGCAGUUCGUAGAGAUGGUCAACGGCACCGACUGCGAGGCGAGCGAGGACGGCGCCAACGGAGUGGCCACCUCCGUCAUCUCGCACACCGGCCGCCCGCACAAGCGCAGCAAUGGCGUGGCGGCGGACGCGGCGGAGGAGGGCGGCGGGCGCGACGUGGACAUGGCGCCCGCCGCCAACGGAGACCACGAAGAUGAGGCGCUGCCGCUCGUGAAGGGGAUGCCGGGGGUGACGGCCAGCGUUGCCGCCCUGCUGCCGGACCGGUUCGAGGCGGACGCGAGCAGCCAGCGCGCCUCCGUGGAGAGGAUGCUGGCCUUCGGGCGCGAGCUGUACGCCAUGAGCCAGAAGCUGAGCCAGGACCUGUACCACAAGUCCAUGCUGGAGGACGCCUUCAGCCUGCUGGCCUACAGCAACCCGUGGGACAGUCCCGUGGGCUGGCAGCUGGAGCCGGUGCGCCGGGAGGCUGUCUGCGACGCGCUCAACUCCGCCAUACUCGAGUCCCAGGGCAUGCAGUGGUCGUCCCCCGUGGAGGCCUGCGUGUCGCACGCGCGCUCCCUGCUGCGCCGCAUGUCGCGCGCCUCCCUCGGGGCCUGCGCCUUCGCCGACCUGUCCGCCCUGCUCGCGCGCUGAGCCCCCGCCGAGCCCCCCGCCGAGCUCCCCAUCGAGCCCCCCACCGAGCCCCCACUGAGCCCCCACUGAGCCCCCACCCGACUCACUGACAAUAACCUUAAUAAACAAGUGUUUAACCUCAACCUGACAAAACCAACGAUUAAUUAAGUUGGUCAUGCAAUACUGAUUAAAUACAUAACCGUUAUGUAUAUGAGAAUAGACGUUCUAAUAAGUGUUAAGCUAUUCGUGAACAUCGUUAGGGGGGACAUCCGGGGGGCGGCCGGGGGACGGCAGGGGGACAGCCCGGGGACGGGUGGGGACGGGCGCGUCUUCCUUGUCUGACCAUUUAAUAUUAACAAAGCGUUUUGUACAGCCAUGAGGAUUUAAGUACGUGACACAUGUCAUUUUGAAAACUACAAAGUUAUAGACGAAUUCAAACGAACAUAACUCGUAUUGUACAUACAAAUAAAGAUAAGAUUGCCGUGUACGCGACCCGCUUGAACGCACACGCAGGCCUGCAGCACUGUAUCGUUGGAGCCGUGCGUGUCGUGGCUCUCCUAUUGCGAUGGGAGUUAGUGUCAUUAUCGCGUGGCACCGACAAGUCGACUGAGAAACGUCUCGAGCGCCAGUUUAUACAAAUAAAUAUAUUAUGUGUGUUCAUGUAUUUUUAAUUAUCGUAUUUUACACGUCUCUCGAUGCGGUAUGAUAAUGUAUCGAUAAUCUCACGGUCGAAUUAAUCUGGCGUUUGAGAUAUAUAAUUAAAAAAAAAAAGUGAUAAAAAUGUGUUGUAAAAAGUGCUUCUGAGUAAACGAUAAGGACGUUUGAUAUUGUUUAGUAACGGUGGCGAGGGGGCCGCGGGGACUCGGGCCUGCCGUCGCCCGUGGACAUCGGCAGAGAUGCAAACUAAACAUUUGUAGCGAAUGUCGUUUUAACACCUCGCGCAUCAUAGAGUGCACGUUGUGUUUAAGACGACGGUGUAGGUUCAGUAAGGAGCUCCCGCUGCCCGGUGGCGCAGGCCCCGCGGUCAGUGGAGCCCCGGGCGCCCCCUCACUAAUAGUGUUAACAGUCUCGUAGUAUAAUAAUGCUAAGAAUCAUGAAUUAAUAAUUAAAAAAAAAUCGUCGCUGCUUUUUACGCUCGUAAGUUUUUUAAAUGUUAUUUUUGUUCCAAAUGUAAAUUUGAAGUCAUUUUAAUUUGAACUUUGCUAACUCACCUCACGACAGUGCGAGACUCGGCUGAAGCUGGCAACACAGUGACGCUCGGUGCGGUCCGCUCGAGGCUGGCAACCCUGGCCGCGUCUAUUACGCACUCGGCUAACUCCGUUCGUUAAUUUUCGUGUCGUGCGAAUGUUAAUCGCAAUAAUUGCCUUUUUUAAAUAAUAUUUUUGUACAUAUUUAGCGAUAAAAGCAGUAUUAGAUGAAUUUUUGGUGGAUUAGGCGUUUCACUACAAUGUACAGACACUGUAGGACGCCGCUGGACUGUCAUUCGUUUUAAAAUCAAUUAAAAAUGUGUUUGCCCUCAUUUUCAUCCCGCUCGACUGUAUCUGAACGCAAGAGGUAGCUCUGUAAUGAGUAAUUACUAAUUAAUCCUUACGGUAUAAUAUAUGAUACUGUGUUGUGUGCGUACACACGUGGUCACACGCCCAUAAGUUUUGUGCCUUACAGUUUCUGCGACCUCUAUCGACAGUUUCAAUUGACAAGUUCAGAAUAUUGUGGUUGGGUUGUUUUCAAAACUUUUCUUCUAGCUUUAUAUUCUACUAUCUAGUGCAGUGUUUCCCAACCUUUUUUGUGCCAUGCCCCACUGUAACAUUUCAAAAAUUUUUAUGCCCCCAUACAUAAUUUUUAACAUGAAAAAUUUGAUUUGUUCACAUAAAACAACAUUAACGAUAGGUUUUAGGAAGAAAUCACUAUGAAAAUGUUAUCAAAACACACACUAAGUAAUACUUCAAAACUAAUAAUAAAAAACUGAAAUUCAAGAUCAAAAUAAUUUUAAUACAGAUUUUUUUAUAUUAAUUUAGUGCGAUUGCCCCCCUUAACUAUCAAAUCGCCCCCUAGUGGGGCGUGCGCUCCACGUUGGGCAACACCGAUCUAGUGUAUCCAUGUAAUUAUAUGUAUUAAACUAUUAAAGCGAUAUAUUAUAAAUUGCGAUUCCGUGGGUAUGGGACGCGGCCUGUGAGCUGCUGCAAGAGUGGCCUCCUUCAGCUCGUCUGUGCAUUGUGAGAACAUAUUGAACCAAUGAGUACGAAGUAAAAAGUUCUUUUGAUCGCCGUCGACCCGUGUGUACUGUGUAAAGAUGAGUCUACAAUAUUCUUCGUAUUGUAUUGUUUUCUUUUUUUUAAAUAAUAUAUUGUGUUUAAACGGU